GCAAUAAGCGGAAGACGAAGACGGUUUUACGACUUAAACAACGACUUUGACCUGGACAUCACCUACGUCUGUGAUAGACUCAUUGCAAUGUCAAUCCCGUGUGUUGCCGGGGCCAUGCAUCGUAACGAUAUUCGCGAUGUGGCUCGUUUCUUCGCCACACGUCAUUACGCUUCCUUCGUCGUGCACAAUCUAUGCGAAAGCUUUGAAGAGAACGGGAAUGGAAAUUAUGAUCCGAGAUUCCUCUACUACCAGGUCAAGAAGAUCCCAACGCGAGAUCACAACGUGAAUUCACUUCUUCGUAUCAUCGUCUUCUGUGAACAAGCUACCAAGAUCUUGAAUGAAGAUAACGACAACGUUAUCGUGAUCCAUUGCAAGGGAGGUAAGGGAAGGACUGGAACGUUCUGCUGUGCUUUGAUGCUAUGGACUGGAUUCGUCUUGUCUGCCUCGGAUGCUCUGAAUUACUUUGCGGAACGAAGGACUGAAGGUAGCUCGCAACACAAGGGGAGAAUCUGUGUGACAGCUCCGUCACAAGUGAGGUAUGUCAACUAU